AUGGUCCUGCAACCCGGAAAGGUCGCCUUUGUCACCGGUGCCAAUGGCAUCAGUGGCCACGCUAUUAUUGAGCAACUGGUCAAGAAGGACAAGACCGAGUGGAGCAAGAUCAUCGUGACAUCCAGACGGCCAUUGCCUGUCACCUGGACCGACCAUCGAGUCGAGUUCAUUGCCAUUGACUUUCUCGACCCCAUCGAGAUGAUCGUGAACAUCAUGAACAAGUUCUGCACCGAGGUUACACACGCGUUCUUUACCUCCUACGUCCACACCGACGACUUCAAGGUCUUGAAGGAGAAGAACAUCCCGCUGUUCAAGAACUUUAUGGAUGCAGUUGAUACGGCUUGUCCGAAGUUGCAGCGUGUUUCGUUGCAGACGGGUGGAAAGUACUACGGCGUCCACCUCGGCCCCGUCCGCAUACCCCUCGAAGAAUGGUUCCCCCGCUAUGAUGACCAGGGCUACAAUUUCUACUAUAACCAAGAGGACUACAUCCGCGAAGUGCAAAAGCGCCGCAACACCUGGUCGCACAACAUCAUUCGUCCCAACGCCAUUAACGGCUUCGCACCCCACGCAAACGGCAUGUCCGAGGCCCUAACCCUCGCAAUCUACUUCAUUAUCUGCCGCGAACUCAAUCAGCCCGCCCAGUUCCCCGGAAACGAGUACUUCUGGAACUCGAUCGAUGAUAACUCGUACGCGCCUAGUCUGGCUGAUUUGACUGUCUAUGCAGCGACUCAGGAGCAUUGCAAGGAUGAAGUAUUCAACCACUGCAACGGCGAUGUCUUUGUCUGGAAGUAUCUCUGGAAAGAUGCCGCUAGGUACUUUGGAAUCGAGGCCCCCGAGCCCAUCUUCGAGAAAGCAGCUGGUCAGGCCGACACCCUAGCCAACGAAAUCGACAUGGUCGAAUGGGCCAAGGACAAGCGUCCUGUGUGGGAGACUAUUGUCAAGAAGUACGGUGGCAAACCUGAAGCUUUUGACUACGGGACUUGGGGAUUCUUCAACUGGGCUACUGGGAAGUCUUGGUGUACGAUUUCGUCGGUUACCAAGGCGAGAAAGUUUGGGUGGCAAAGGACGGAUAACACAUUUGAGACGUGGAUUGAGACGUUCCGGUCUUAUGAGAAUGCGGGACUACUUCCUACGAGAGCAUCACUUUUGAUGAAUGGGGCUAGCUAA